UCAAGUAUCAGCUAUGCUUGAAAAAAAAUUUCACCAAAAUCGUCGAUGUGACAAAAUGGCGUAAUAGAUCUGGUAAUGCUAUCUCUUUUCAUGGUUUUAUUAUAUCGCAUGGUUACCCGAUUCUAAAACAACUGCUUCAUUCAUUAUACAUAUAUUAUUAUAUUACUACUACGUAGGUUGCCAGUGGAAUGGCAUAUCUAGAAACGAAGCGUUUCAUUCACCGAGAUCUGGCUGCAAGGAACAUUCUAAUCGGUGACGGAAACAUUGCUAAAGUUGCUGAUUUUGGGUUGGCUAAAAUCAUCGAAGGGUACGAUUACCAAAACCCUCAAAUGAACAUGAUGGGUAAUAUUUUCCCUAUAAAGUGGACGGCCCCAGAGGCGGCAUUCUUCGGCAAGUUCACGAUGAAGUCUGAUGUGUGGUCAUAUGGUAUUUUACUGAUGGAAAUUAUCACUUAUGGACAGGUGCCUUACGCAGGUAUACGGAGUGACCAGAUCCUGAAGAAGAUCCAGAAGGGAUACAGAAUGCCAAUUCCGAGGAACUGUCCCCAACCUGUAUAUAAUAUCAUGAUGCGUUCGUGGGACGCAAAACCUGGAAAGAGACCUACUUUUGACUAUCUAUACCACUUUUUUGAUGCAUAUUAUUAUAAUCUGAAAAAGGACAACUUUCCAAUUUAAGUUGAGGUAUACGAGUGUUGUCAACUA